GAACCAUUUUGUUAGUAGACGGAGACAAACAGGAGAAAGAGAGUGUCGUUAUUCUGUUGUAGCCUCGAAUUUCACUUAUCGGGAAAGUUUUUUUCUCCAUUAACAGCUAGGCCCAGACUAGACCAAGAGGAGCUUGUUCCAUCGAAGCCCAAGGGAGUCGAUUCACGGCUUCAAGAGCACCGUGCGCCGAGGUGAAUUCAUGUUCAGCUCGGUUUCACGACAAAACAACGCACAUUGGCACAUGAAAACCUCAGCUCUUGCUGGACAUAGAUGUGCAGCGAGAAGUAGAUCAACUACUUCGAGGACCUGGAGCCCGAUCGGCGAGGAAAAAUUAAAAAGUAAAGAACCCCAUGCACUCAACUUUUACCACAGAAAGGUGGCAUCUAAUUAAAGCAGUAUGGGAGGUGGAGAGAGAUACAACAUUCCAGAUCGCCCAGCACCCAAAAAGAGCCACCAGAUUGGCAGGGGCAAGCAGAGAAGUCGAGACCAGAAUGGAGUGGUGCAUUGUGCCUCCUCAGGAGCCUUAGGGGUGCCUCAUCACCACAGCUACCGCAGGGGUGAGAAGGGCACCAACUAUUCUUGGUCUCCUGAGGCACGGCAGGCCGUGUUCGUAGACAAAAAGAAUGCCUCAGUUUGUUUUGCCACAACGUAUGAUCAGAAUUGGGAAGGUACCAUGUCCCAUCUGAACAAACUUUUGUCAGCUCAGUGUGGUCAGAACUAUGCUGGAGCCAAGUUUAGUGAGCCCCCAUCCCCAAGUGUGCUACCCAAGCCCCCAAGCCACUGGGUGUCUCUUCCCAUGGGCCCAUGCGAUCACCGCGAGGUGAUGACCUUUCAGUUGAAGAGCCUCCUGAAGGUUCAGGCCUGAGAAGGUCUCUCACUGCUGCUCUCUAUUAGCCAAUAUUUGAAUGAAGACUCUGCUUUGGAUUCUCGUCCUCCCCUAGAAUGCUUCAGUGGUGUAAUAUAUUUUUACAGCUAUUUUUAGAUUUGUGUCUUAAGGUGAUGCCCAUUUGUUUGUGCUAAUGUCCCUCACCUAACUUUUUUUUAAAGAAAAACUAGUUAUUAUGCCGUUGUAGCCUUAAGGGGUGGUAGAAUUCUUAGCGGAGUUAUAUGCCAUGACAUAUGAUGAACUGGAUGUCCUCCUCAAAUACUCAUUGCUCUGUUAUGCUCCUUUUGUUUUGUUCUUUUUUUUGAUGGCUGUUUGUGGCAGUCAGUGUGUUUUUCUUCUCAACCAGGGCUAGGUAUACAAGUCCAAAAAUGUACACCCAUUUUCUUUUCCAAUAUCUUAUUUUCACUUUAUCGCUCACUGAGGUUUAAUGCACAACCUUGGCUUGAGUUUUAUUCAUGUAAGGAGUGGCAGAAACCUCUUGGUGCUAAGCAAAGCAGCAUUUGUAGCGCUAUAGUGCAUACUGCAUUUCCAGGUUAUCUUUUUUUUAUUUUGCUUUUUGGGAAGUUAAAGACAAUUGACUUCGUUCUGCAGGGAGAACUAAGUGAAUAGAAUAUGGAGGGGGAACAAGCUUAAGUGAACAUUGGUCAUAUAUGACUAACCUCAUACUUGAUGAGGUUGCACAAUGGACCUUGUGCUUUCAACACCUGUACUUUUUUUUUAAAUGGCGCUGUGCGCAUUGCACUAUAGGUGUUGAAAAUCACUAUGGUUCCCAAGUUCUAUUGCAACAUUACACUUUUGCAUCCCUUAUGUUAUAGCUUAGAAUAUUCAAUGUGAUUUUAAUGUUUACCAAAGGUAUGUAAUCGGCUACUUUCGGUUGGGAUCCCUUCUUGCUUACUAGAUAUGGUCACAAGUGCCAUAAAUCAUUGAGCAAGGCAUUCAAAUCAAAGUUUUGAUUCAUUUGACAAAUCACAUUUGGAAUGAAUUUUUCUAACUUUUGCUGUACUUUUUAGAACGAUCGCACUGCAAUAAUGCGGAGGAGGUUUGUGUAAGACCACAGAGAGGGAUUUUUCCGGUCUCGUUUCAUGGCCUUGUUUGCUGUGCGAUUCGUUUUAAUGUUAUGAGCAUUAUGUUAUGAAACUUGUGUGUAUCAUGGCAUUAGGGACUUGCGACGUGGCAGUCCAGUGUGGACAUGUUUACAUGUUUUAAAAAAAAAGGCAGUCUGACUGCAUUUUACACACACACUGCCCUUAUUCACUUGUUAUUUUUCAUGCACUGCUGUUCAUUUGAGUUCCAAAGUUGUAGACAAUGUUGCACUUUCAACUCUGGAUAUGUGAUGAAGCAACCCCUUUCACUUAGUUACGAGUGUGGUGAUAACUACCUCUGGCAGAACGUGUUGUUAAUAGCCAUCGUAAAGAUGACAAAACAAAGUUGAUGAGUUUUAUGUGUAAUAGAGCCAUGUAAAUAAUGAAAUAUAUAACAUGUUGUAGCAUAUUGUACAUUUGUGCAGGAAUAUUUGAAAACCUGUCUAAAGUAUUUUUUAGUAAUAACACUGAAUGUAUAAGUCAUGCUAAGGACGUGGCUUGUUUUCAAAUGCUGAAGAAUAUUUUGUUAAGAAAAAAGAGAAAAUUUACCUGUCGUGCAUCAAAACCCCUGCACUGUUGCCAGUGACCUUGCACAUAAUUUUUUAUUUUGUAUAAUGCGCUGCGUAGGGUCAACGUCAGCUUUAAAUUUAAAAAAAACUGAACACUUUGAAAUUGAAAGGGACUUUUAUACAAAUAAAUUUUUUUAGUUUUAUGUAGCCUACUCAGAUGGGUAAAUUUAUUUAGUUUUUAGUAGAUUAUAACAGGCAUUAUUUGCCCCAUUUUCAAAGUUGAAAAGCAGUAUACAUUUGCACCAAGACAUUGGUCUUUCCUCCGCAGACCGCUGUUUGAAGCUAAUGAUGCUGCAGUUUACCUCCAGAAAUAUCACAUUACACUUUUAAUCAAGUAAAUUGUUUGAAUUUGAUGUAUAAAAGUCCUUUUCUUAAAUUUGACUAUCCCAGCUAAUUGACUAUGAAUUUGUCCCAAAAUUGAAAAUGUCACUGAAAAGAAAACAAAAAGCCCAUGUGAUAAGAAUUAGUACAUGCUAAAAGAUUGUAAUUUGGUUGUCUAAAAUAAAAAAGAAAAUCUCCCCCUCCCCCCAA